UGUGUAAGAACAACAACAAUGAUAAUAUUAAAAUAACAAUAAUAAUAAUAAUAUGUUCAGUUUGUGUUCUGCAGAUUGGAAUCGAUGCGAAACACCUCAGGCUGCCGAAUACGUCCAGACAGGACGAGGUCCUGCAGAACAUCCUGUCUGUCAACGACAACCUGUCCGUCCACGGUCUGAUCGUCCAGCUUCCUCUGGACUCUGUGAACUCCAUGGACACUGAACGCAUCACCAACGCCGUCUCUCCAGAGAAAGACGUGGAUGGUCUGAGCUGUAUUAACGCAGGGAAGUUGUCUCGAGGUGACCUGAACAACUGUUUCAUCCCCUGUACACCCAACGGCUGCAUGGAGCUCAUCAGACAGACAGGCAUGUCUGUGGCGGGGAAACAUGCGGUGGUGAUUGGUCGCAGUAAGAUUGUUGGAGCGCCGAUGCAUGACCUGCUGCUGUGGAACCACGCCACCGUGACCACCUGUCACUCCAAGACCCCCGACCUACCCGAACAGGUGGGCCGGGCUGACAUCCUGGUGGUGGGGGCGGGGCGAGCGGAGAUGGUGAGAGGAGAGUGGGUGAAGGAGGGCGCCGUGGUCAUCGACUGUGGAAUCAACCACGUACCAGAUGAGACGAAGGCGAGCGGUAAACGGGUCGUCGGAGACGUCCACUACGACUCAGCCUAUCAGAGAGCAGGAUUCAUCACCCCUGUUCCAGGAGGGGUGGGGCCGAUGACGGUGGCCAUGCUCAUGGAGAACACGGUGCAGAGCGCUCAGCGGUUCCUCCUGAAGAACCACAGGAGGUGAAACUCUGAAGCAGGAUGAAGAGCAAACAGUCUUCGACCUUUAAACUCCACUGGCUGUUCGGAGGCCGUCGUCAUGGAAACAGCAGCAGAGACAUCCCAUCUGUUUCCUGCUGACGUCAACAGGAAGUGAUCAAAUACCUGAUCGAUGUAUCAGAGGUUUUUUUAAUGUUUAUGAGCUCUGUGUUUGUAAACAACCUGACGAUCAAUAAAGUUUCGGUUUCACCUGAACAAACGUCAAGAUUUGAUUUAUAUAUUUAUGUUUUUCUGCUUGAUGAGACGAAGAAUCCAGAUGUUGACAACAACAAACCAACAGAUGUGUAAACAAUAAGAACAUAAAUCAUGUGAUCUGUGUUUUAUAAAAAUGUUUCAAUGAAUAAUAAAGUUGGAGCUGAUGUUUGUCGCACUGUGUCGUAUAAAUAAAGUUUAUUAUCA